AUGACCCAGCGCCUGCAGCCGCGUCCCGCCGCGCCGCUGGACGAGGAGCUGGAAGCACUCGGGUGGUACCACGAUAAUCUCACCCGGCACGCAGCAGAAGCGCUGCUGCUUUCCAAUGGGCAGGAUGGGAGCUAUCUCUUGAGGAAGAGCAACGAAAGGGAAGAUUUGUACUCCCUCUCUGUAAGGGGAAAAGAUUCUGUAAAACACUUCCACAUUGAACAUACAGGAGCUUCAUUCAAAUUUGGAUUUAAUGAAUUUUCUAGCUUGAAGGAAUUAGUCAUGCAUUUUGCAAAUCAGCCUUUAAUUGGAAGCGAAACAGGAACCCUAAUUGUAUUGAAGCACCCCUACCCACGGAAAGUGGAGGAGCCUUCCAUUUAUGAGUCUGUCCGAGUCCACACAGCCAUGCAGACGGGAAGGACAGAGAACGAUCUUGUUCCGAACGCUCCCUCACUUGGUACAAAGGAAGGAUAUUUGAUAAAACAAGGCAAAAUAGUCAAGAAUUGGAAGACAAGGUGGUUUACACUGCAUAGGAAUGAACUUAAGUAUUUCAAAGACCAGACAGCCACAGAACCGAUUCGGGCACUUGACUUAACUGAAUGCUCAGCCGUGCAAUUUGACUAUUCCCAGGAAAGAGUCAAUUGUUUCUGUUUAGUGUUCCCACUAAGGACAUACUACCUGUGUGCAAAAACUGGAAUAGAAGCUGAUGAAUGGAUUAAAAUACUGCGAUGGAAACUGUCACAAAUACGGAAGCAGCUGGAGCAGCGUGACACCACCCUCAGCUCAUAG